AUGCAGACGCAACACGGUUUGGCAACCUUGGGCGGCGACCUCCGUUCUGGUCUAGGCGCCAUUGGCACGGCGGUCAUGGCGGAAGCCACGGGAAUUCGUGCCGACGUCCGCGAGGUCAAGCGUGACUUGGCGAGCGUGCGUGAGAGCGUUGAAGUCUGCCGUGCGGAGAACAUGGAAACGGAUCGCGCUGCUCUAAUGGAGCUUUUCAACACCACGAAGGGCCCAUCGUGGAAGACGAGUACGGCCUGGGGAUCAUCGUCUUUUCUCGGAGAGUGGUAUGGCGUCACCGUGAAUGCUGAGGGCCGAGUGACCAAGCUUCAUCUGAACGACAAUAACCUGACAGAAUAUAUCAAUAUGGUCAUGUCGCUAGACUGGGGUGUUGUCUCCGACGUGAUCCUUGUUGUGUCAAAACUUCGUGAAACGUAA